CGGGAUCAGACCAGUAGGAGUCACCGCUACACUCGCUCUCUCGCUCUGCUGAGCCUCUCUGUGAUUGAGCAGGGAAACAAAAUGCCGGAAGUGGGUUUUCGGGAGACGGAGUUUCGGGACUCGUAAGCGUGGAAAGUGUACUCUAUUAAGAAAUCUACUUUUCCCGAGGAUUAAAGCUGUUCUUCAGGUUUUGUUUCACUGUUUCAUUCAUCCGCCUUUUCACAAUGGGGCUCCCGGCGCUGGAAUUCAGUGAUUCUUUUCUGGACAGUCCUGACUUCAGGGAGCGACUCAAAUGCCACGAAAUUGAGCUGGAGCGUACUAAUAAAUUCAUCAAGGAGCUAAUCAAAGAUGGAAAUAUGCUAAUCAGUGCGCUUAAAAAUCUAUCUGCAGCUGUGCAGAAAUUUUCCCAGUCCCUACAGGAUUUCCAGUUUGAAUGCAUCGGAGAUGCAGAGACAGAUGAUGAGAUUAACAUUGCCCAGUCAUUCAAAGAAUUCUCCCAGCUGCUGAACACAGUGGAGGAGGAAAGACGACGACUUAUACAGAACGCUGACGACGUCUUGAUCACACCGCUGGAGAAGUUUCGCAAAGAGCAGAUCGGAGCGGCCAAAGAAGGGAAGAAGAAAUUUGACAAGGAGACAGAGAAGUAUUACACAGUUUUGGAGAAGCACUUAAGCCUGUCUUCAAGAAAGAAAGAGUCACUUUUGCAGGAGGCAGACACCCAAAUAAAUAAAGAAAGACAGAUUUUCUAUGACGCCUCCCUGGAAUAUGUUUUCAAAAUCCAAGAAGUGCAAGAAAGGAAAAAAUUUGAGUUUGUAGAGCCGCUGCUGGCCUUCCUCCAGGGAUUAUUCACCUUCUACCACGAGGGUUAUGAACUGGCACAUGAGUUUGACCCAUACAAGCAACAGCUACAGUUCAACCUCCAGAAUACAAGAAAUAAUUUCGAGAGCACAAGACAGGAAGUUGAGAAUUUGAUGAGAAGGAUAAGGUCUGCAGAGCAGGACUUUAAAGCUCCAGGACAGUGGACCAUGGAGGGCUUCCUCUAUGUGCAGGAGAAGCGACCCUUGGGGUGCACAUGGAGUCGACAUUAUUGCACAUAUGAGAAAGGGACCAAAAUGUUUACGAUGAGCAACUCUGAAUUCAAGUCUGGAGGCAAACAGAAUGGACUGAUCAUGAGCCCCGCUGAGAUGUUUAAGCUGAAGUCCUGCAUCAGACGGAGGACUGACUCCAUUAAACAUGAAAUUUGAGAGUUGCAGGAGAUGAGAUUAACAUUCAUCAGUGUGUCCCACAGACAUGGUAUCAUCACCCUUCAGGCUCUCUCUGAAUCCAACAGAAGACUGUGGAUGGAGGCCAUGGAUGGAAAAGAGCCGAUUUACACCCUUCCAGCACUUUUGAGCAAGAAAGAGGAAACAUUCCUAAAUGAAGCAGGCUUUAAUUUUGUAAGGAAGUGUAUAGAGCUUGUGGAAACAAGAGGCAUUAACACAAUGGGGCUGUACAGAAUAGGUGGAGUUAACUCUAAAGUCCAGCGACUGAUGACCUCAGUAUUUGCGGCCAAAGCUCCUGCAGAUAUGGACCUUGACCCAGACACCUGGGAUAACAAGACCAUCACCAGCGGCCUGAAAAAUUACCUCAGGUGUCUGGCAGAACCCCUCAUGACUUACAGACUCCACAAAGAUUUCAUCAUGGCAGUCAAGUCUGAUGAUCAGAACUACAGGGUUUGUGCUGUUCAUGCCCUCGUCCACAAGCUCCCCGACAAGAAUAAAGAGAUGCUGGAUAUUCUGAUUAAACAUCUACAUGUGGUUUCCACACAUAGUCAGAAGAAUCUGAUGACCGUGUCUAACCUGGGUGUGAUUUUUGGCCCAACACUCAUGCGCUCUCAAGAAGAGACAGUUGCUGCAAUGAUGAACAUCAAGUUUCAGAAUAUUGUGGUAGAGAUCCUCAUAGAAAACUAUGACAAGAUAUUUCAUCAAGCCCCAGACCCUAACAUCCCUCUGCCACAGCCUCAGUCUCGUGCCAGUGCCCGCCGCAGCAAAGCCAUCUGCCUGUCCUCAGGGUCCCGCAAAUCCAGAGGCCUGUACCCUCCCACCCUGUGCCUGGCUGAUGCUGACAGUGACACGUUCAGCAGCAGUCCGAGUAGCACUCCCAUGGGCAGCAUGGAGUCUCUCUCGUCUCACUCUUCAGAGCAGAACAGCUGCUCCAAGACGGGCUCCCCAUCAUGUACCAAACACAAGGCCUCAGGGAACCUGUGCUGGGCCACUCCAUCUCCCUCCUCCAACGGGCCCAAAAGCCCCGCUUGCACCACCAGCCCUGAUUCCAGCUCCAAAGAGGAUGCCAACAAGACUGAUGGAGAAUGGGAAGAAGCGCUGAGUACGAGUCCAGGUGAUCGAAGCUCUCCGGCUUCAGAGCUCCACCAGACAACCCUAGGAGAGACUCUGGAGGAUCAUGGGGAAGAACGACACAGUCUGUCCACCUGCUCUUCUCUCACUUCACUCCACAUUUCUGAGGGUUUCAGAAGUUGUCACGGCUCUAUUCAGAGCCUGGUGUCACGCAGUCAGAGAGACAGUCUCAAGUCUCUCCAUCUGCCAGAGCUUCCUCCUAAAGAGACGGUGAGAUACAGAGCUGACUCCUCAGCCAGCAAUGGUUACCAGAGACCGGGAUCCAGUGUGGCCUCCCGGGCAGCAAUCUUUGAAAGUCCUGUGAUUUUCCAGCCCAAAACGGGAAGAGAGGCUGAAGCCUUGUAUUCCUGUCAAGCGGAGCACAGUCAUGAGCUGAGCUUCCCACAGGGGGCGCACUUCUCCAAUGUGUAUCCCUCAGUGGAACCUGGCUGGCUCCAAGCGACAUACGAUGGCAAAACCGGACUCAUCCCAGAGAAUUAUGUGGCAUUUCUCUAAUGGCACCAGAACAGGCAAAAGCAAAGUCCAUGGUAUCCAUGGUAUUCAUUUCUGCAAAAAAGGGAUCAUUAUAAGCUUUACUGUAUGUAAAUAGUUUUUGUGCAACAUUAUAACCAGGUCAUAAACUGUUGCAUAUGAUAACGUUUAUUCAUGAUGUAAAUAUCAUCUUUGUCCUAAAUGUAUUGUAGAUUUUAGUACCAUCUAGGUACAUGCAGUUGACUGUCUUAACACAUUUCUGUAUUUAUAUGUGGCCCGGCAUGAUGGGCUCUAAUAUUUCAAAACUCUAGACAUGAGCUCAUAAUACUCUGAUCAUUAUUGCGGUACGGCUCUGAAGGAAACUAUGGAUUUGUAUUAUAUAGAUGAAGAAUUGUACCCUGUACCAUAUGCAAUAAUUAGUGACCAUAUUAAGUAGCAGGAGAUAAUGUAUUGCCCAGUGUGACAUUUGUGAAAUUCUUGAACAUACAUUUUUUUUUUUUUUCAGUGAGGCCAAAAGGUGAAUCAUGUUUGGUAGAUGCAGGUCAUCUUUCAUUUCAGUAAUUGCGAAAUCUGUUUGGUGAAAUAAUUUUCAAAAUGAGUUAGCGCUCAUUGUUUUUCCAUGCAAUUUCAAAAGGUUAUAUAAAUUGGAACCUCGCAGUAGUGAAUGUUUUUAAGAAGAAUCUUUUCAUGUCCUUAACAUUUGUCCUCCAAAUUAAACAAUAAGCGUCUUGAAUGAACUGACUUUAUGAGCCGAAUAUGUUUCUUAUAUACUGCAAACUUGUUUUAUUAUACUAAUGUACUGUCAGUUUUGUGGCAUUUGGUAAAACGAUGUUACUAAAAGUGUUGUUCAGAUGUUUUAGCUUAUACUGAAUAUAUUUGUUGAGUGUAAUAUAGUGGAUUUUUUUCUUAGUAAAGUACAAUAAAAGAAAUAAAACAAGAAAA